UAUAAUCAUUAUGAGGAGUACCUCAUAAUGAUUAUAUGCUUUAAUUACAAUUCAAGUACACAACAAAUAAAAAGUAUGCUGUGUUGCCAGGAAACCGCUGUGUUCAGGUCAUAGAUAUAUUUAAUGUUUGUUAUAUAUAUAUGUAUAGAAAUAUUUAAUGUUUGUUAAUAAAUGAUAAGGAGAGAUCAUAGUUUGGUGACGUUUGUUUCAUAAAAUGGACUGCUGUGAUACAACCAGUCAAGUGUGUAUUUUUGAAAUGAUUGGGGUUUUUUUUAAAAUAAAUGCUACUUACAUGUGGUAGAGCCACUCUGCAGUUAUAUUAUGGUUGUAGUGCAAACGGGUUGGCUCGACCGCAGAAGGAAUUAGGCAAUCCAUCUUGGUCCUAAUAAGUGACAACACAACAUUUUGAUUACUAAUAAAAUACAUAUGUAGAUGUCUAUGGAUGACAACAUCCACUUACUAUCAGGUGGACUGUGCUUGUUUGUCACCCUUAUUCUAUAAGAACAAAAAAGUUGGUUUACUUUUCUUAAUAAUCUGAAUAAUAAUAUCAUAGUACUGUCUUGCCACUCAAUUUUGCUGUAUUUACCCUGGGUACCUUACCAUUAAUAAUAAUAUGAUAAAAUUAUUAUUAAUGGUAGGGUACCCUUGUUUGCCAGUGUUUUAUUAAACCUAAUUCAUGGGGUUUUCUCUUAUUUCAGAUAUGUCUAAUUUGGAACUAGAGGACAGUGAAAAUAUUUGUGGUGGAGAUAUGAAAAAUUUAAUUUUCCCCAAUUUAGAUGUAAGAAAGUACGAAAGUAAAGUUACUGAUAAAUUUUUACUUACAUACCAGGAUGCACGUGAGGUGUUCCUAAAUUGUCAGACGUGGCUGAACAAAGCUAAAGAGUACUACAAAUUGGAAUCUCUAGCUUCUGAUUACAUAGAAUUAAUACAGGAUAGUUCUCAGUCAUAUGCGUACCUUGCUUUCUUUGAAGAGGAUGACGAAAGAAGAGCAAAAAUGCACAAAAGACGUAUAGAUAUGCUCGAAGAUUUGAUUAAAGAAAUUAAUCCAACAUACUAUAUGCAGUUUUGUCGACAAUUGUGGUAUGAAUUGGGAGAAAUUUACUCUGACAUUUUAAACAUAAAAUUGGAUAAACUCAAUAAAAGUAAAGAGAAACCUACGCCACACUCAUUGAAUAAAAUUAACAUGUUAUGUGAGAAAAGCAUUGAAAACUAUGACCAUUUCUUAGAUUCUGUUAAGGAUAAGAACGGGAAAAUGCCUCAAAAACUGGAAUACGAUUUAAUACGUCCUGUUAUAAGCACAUAUGCCUUCAUAGGUAGAAACAGUAUGAAAAGGAUUGCAGUAGAUAAGAGCAUACAAUUGAGUAAUGUAAAGAAAAGCUAUGAUUCAUAUCAAGCCGUAGUUGAUAUUUGUAAGAAUGAUGAGGAGGCAGCUGCCAUGAUGCAUGAGGAGUUCAGCUUGUGUCAAGAGAUGGUAAAUAUUUUGCCAAUAAAAAUCAAAAGGCUUGAAAAUGAAUUAGUCUCAUAGAUAAUGUUUAAAAAAGAGAAAAAUUACAUGCUAGUCUGUAGCCAUCGAUGGAAUUCACAUGAGAUUUAAAUCAGUUUCACACUCUUUGUACACUCCUAGUAAGAAAAAACGAACUAUAACCUAAGUAAGUAAGCAAAAGGAUUUUUCCAUAAUUAUAUAUUAUAGGUAGGUAUAUAUUAAUUACGACCGUUUUAUAAAAAAUAUCGUAAAAUAAUAUUCAUAUGUUAAUCUCUACUAUGUUUAUAAUUAUACAACAAUUUGAGCUACUGUUAAUGCUUGGUGAUUUAUAUACACACACAUCUCAUAAUAUAUUAAAAUGUCGUUUAACCUCUCAGACCUUGAUAUUUUAUUGGACAACUUAGUCAGAACUGUGGUCAAGCCAAAGAGUAUAGUAGGUCAGGCCAAACACAAUUGGACAUAGUUAUACAAAAACGUUCCAACCCACAAGUCAUUCAUCAUCGUCACGAAGAUGUCAAAAUAAGUAGAUCUGUAUAUUUAACUCAUUUUUGAUUGUUUCUCCCAUGACUGACUUGACAUUGGCAGAAUUCUUUUAAGAGAAGCCAAAAAGUAAAGAAUAAGCAGAACUCAUUUUUGAAUGACUUGUGGGUUGGAACGUUUUUGUAUAACUACGUAAAAAAUUUUUAAUGAUGAUAAAUAUAACUCAGAGUCAUUAGGUACUAUGUUCUUACCC